CGAGACUCACUCACUCACUUGCUCACACUCACUCAAAUACCAACUGCACCUGAGGGAACGAGAGACAGACGAAAAUGAGCAGUCCGUACCACGAAGAUGGCCAUGACAGAGGCGAGUGCAAGAGCAGGUCGCCCACGCUGCUCUCCUCUUACUGCAUAGACAGUAUCCUCGGGAGGAAAAGCCCCUGCAAAGUCAGGCUACUUGGGGCGCAAAGUUUGCCACCACUGACGAUGAGGACCGAGAGCGAGCCUGGCGCCGAGGACAUGCACCUGCCACCUAAACUACGCAGACUGUACGGUCCUGGGGGGCGAUACCUUGACACGUCCAGAGCCUAUCAUGAGCACGUCGAGCGGGGGGAGAGGGAGCGUCUUCUGGACCAGGCCUGCGAAAACCUUAAAAUCAACCAAGCCCCACAAGUCAGCAUCAGCAGAAGCAAGUCCUACCGAGAGAACGCCUCCUUCAGCCACGGAGACGAAGGACACAGUCCGGAGCACGGGACCGAAGAACUUGUGGAACUUAGCACGCUGAAGUUCGAAGAGGAUGCCGUGAAGGAGGAGGCGUGUGGAGACGCGGAACUCUCGCCCAAGGACGAGGAGAGCCUGCAGACCGAUGGGGAUGUAAAGGAUGGCGAGGACAGCGUUUGUUUGUCGGCUGGGAGCGACUCGGAGGAGGGCAUGCUGAAGAGGAAGCAGAGGAGAUACAGGACUACCUUCACUAGUUAUCAGCUGGAGGAGCUGGAGAGGGCUUUCCAAAAGACGCACUACCCAGAUGUUUUCACAAGGGAGGAGUUGGCAAUGCGACUGGACUUGACUGAGGCGCGCGUACAAGUAUGGUUCCAGAACCGCAGGGCCAAGUGGAGGAAGAGAGAGAAAGCCGGAGUGCAGACCCACCCGCCUGGCCUGCCCUUCCCAGGCCACCUGGCAGCCCACCCCCUCAGCCACUACCUGGAGGGGGGGCCCUUCCCACCGCACCCCCACCCCGUCUUGGAGUCUGCCUGGACGGCCGCUGCUGCUGCCGCCGCCGCCUUCCCCGGCCUGGCACCACACCACAACGGCUCGGGCCUGCCCCCCACCACACCGCUCGGUCUGGGUACCUUUCUGGGCACUGCCAUGUUCCGACACCCCGCUUUCAUCGGUCCCACCUUUGGCAGACUCUUCUCCAGUAUGAGCCCGCUGACGAGCGCUUCCACGGCGGCCGCCCUGCUACGCCAGCCGGCCCCUCCUGUGCCCAUGGUGGAGGGUGGCCAGGUGGGCGUAGGCGUGGGGGUACAGGUGCCCCCUCCGCCAGGCGCUGCGCUGCCCUCCGACCCCUCGCCCUCCAACGCCGCCGCCGACCGCAGAGCGUCCAGCAUCGCUGCCCUGCGGCUGAAGGCCAAGGAGCACUCGGCACAGAUCACCCAGCUCAACAUACUCCCGUCUGGGGCCACAGCAGGCAAGGAGGUCUGCUAAAGGCUGGAGGUCUGUCGGCUAUAGGCAGUGAUGGUUCUACCAAUUCGGGACAGGCAAAAGAUGGACAUGGGGUCCUCUUGAAUAUUUUUUUUCUGGCAUUUUCCAUGGUAGGGCUGCCUUUUGGGGGGGCCUUUAGAGGACAGAUUUGGUGGGGCCCUAUUCAAUUGCCUAGUCUGCCUUUUGGUAGAACCGGCUCUGGCUAUAAGGCUGAAGGUAUGUGGCACUAGAGUUGGACCUGGAGGUGCCGUGCCGUGCCGUGCAGCAACCAUACACAAUAACAGUCGUCGCUCACAGUCAACUAACCUGUUUUGAGCCCCUUGCCAGUUGCGACCCUUCCUCAGACUAUUAUAGACCAACCAAACAACCCCUUCAAGCCACGUUGCGCCACACCACGUCACCAUGUCAUGCCUGUGCCAACCACGACUCUCCGCUCCUCUCCUCCAUCCUUCGUCUUGAUGCCAGGAUGUGCCCAACCCAAACCCUUCCUCCACAGCAAGGUCCACAGAUCUAUAUAGCUGACAUAGCAGCCUAUACAGAGUCACUGCACACGCCUAAAAACUAAAGCAAGACCAAAUCCAUGGCGCAUGAACUUGAGGACAGCUAGACUGGACUGCCUACAGGUUGGUUGGUGCUGUGUAGCAGAGAGCAGGCUUUUACCGUUACUGUAACUGCACGGGGACCUGGUGAACGGGCCGUUUGAACUCCACUCUCUUUGAACUGAUCUGAUCUUUCUAAAGCAGCAGACUAUGAAGUGAACCUGUUGUCUGAGAAGGGCAUGAGGAGGUCGGAGCAAAAGCUGUGUGUGUGUGUGUGUGUAGGAUGGGAUGUUCUUCUGUUAGCUAACAUUUUAGCUCGUCAGCACCCAGACACUUGCACACACACACACACACACACACCGCCACCACUCCCCCAUCUAACCCCCUAACACAACCUUUAUGGCAUGCUGGUCUUGAACAUUUCCUGUUAGCGGUGUACUUAGUGUGUGUGUUCACAAAUACAGUCCCGCCUGAUGACACCUAGUGUUCAAACAGACGCCUGGAGCAUUACUAGGCGAGUUAGUGGCUGAUGGUGUGUGUGUGUGUGUGUGUGUGUGUGUGUGUGUGUGUGUGUGUGUGUGUGUGUGUGUGCGUGCGUGCGUG